CCACUCCGGUGCAGCAGGUGGCGCUGUGCACCUUUAAAAAGCUGGUUUACGAUCCGCCGGGGGAAAAAAACGAAGACGAAGAAGCAGUUUCCGGAAGUGAGUCCGUGUCAGUGAGGCUAGCUUGACAGACUGUAGCCUGACGCCAGCAGCAGCAAGGAAGUGAAAGCAGGGAAGCUGCAGUCCGGCCGGGCUCCUGAUCGGCUCAGCGUCUGGAUCAAUAUGUGUGAUCAGGAAAACGGCCUCAGCCACCGCACGCCGGCCCGCGCUGAUGAUGUCACUCUGCCAGACGAGCUGUCGGCGAGCGAUGACUCAGAGCCUGAAGAGGAGCCCAGCGGGGCGUCACGUGACCCGCAGCUCCGAGACUUGCACUCCUUCAUUGAUGAUGAUGAUGAUGAUGAUGAUGAUGAUGACGGUGAUGAGGGUGAGGUGCAGCUCGGCGCCGCUCCCAGAUCUCAGAGCAGCUUCAGCCUGAAGGGCGGCAGCUCGGGUUUCUCCAGCCGCAGCCUCAGUAUCUUCGGCAGCCUGGACAGCGUCGCCCGGCCGGCGGCGGGCGAGGACACGGCGGCGGGCGAGACGUUCGCCCGGCCGAGCCGCCCGCCGCCCAGAGCCGUCCCGGACUACCUGCUCCACCCCGAGCGCUGGACCCACUACAGCCUGGAGGACGUGGCGGAGAGCAGCGAGCGCGAGAACAGGGCGGCGGCACGGCACUUCCUGCAGCAGAGGAGGCAGCAGCAGGAGCGGCCGCAGCACAUCAGCUCCUCCCAGGACAAAGUCAUCUUCUCCAGGCCGAGCGGCCGGCCGGGCAGGGAGCGAGCCGCCGACGAGCUGAAGGCCGCAGGAGGCAGAGAGAUGAGCCUCAGUCACCUGGAGGAAGACGAGGAGGAGGAAGGUGGGAGCCUCUGGACCAGGAGAAGCAGCAAGGUUAAAGAGAAAAGCACAGAGAGGGAGGAAAGAGGGGAGGAGGACGAGGAGAAAGAGGAGGUGAGGGCUCCCGUCAAGCCGCCGCCACAGGCCGAGGAGAGGAAGAGGAAGUGGGAGGAGCAGGGAGGAGCUGCUGAGGAGGAAGAGGAGGAGAGGCAGCAGGUCAACCCCGGCUUCACCUCCUUCAGGAAGUCCAACCGCAAAAACUACAGGAGGAGCUCGGAGCAGGACGACAGCUGAGGACAGAGAGGACAGUGUCAAGACACACACACACACACACACACACACACACACACACACACUGCUUCCUGCUGCAGAUCACAGGACUGUGUUGUUAGUGAACAUGUAACUGAUGGCGGAAAAAAGUCACAGAGCCGGGGGAAGGGGAAGAUGUUCCAAGAAAAAAAUUCUGAGAUUAAAGUCAUAAAUUUAUGAGAAAAAAGCGGAAAACUCUGAGAUUAUGAAGUCCAAAAUUUGAGAGAAAAAAAAUCAGAAAAAUAGUUUUUCUUUUCCUUUUUGUUGAAGGCAGAAUUCAGCGUCAGAGUUUAUUCUGACUGAGUUUUUUAGCCUUCCCCGGCUCUGUAAUUUUUUUUCACCCUACAGUGGCCCUAAUACACCGUCAUAAUCUCCGUUUUGAAAAAUAUUGCAGUCACAUAAAAACUUUAGAGCCUGCCUGUAGUCUUUUCUCAACCUCAGUCCUUUUUUAAAAACUCCCUGAAAUGUUUUUUGUAACCGUUUUUAGUGAAUGAAAUUAUCGUAAAAGUCAUUUUGCUGAAAACCCCUGGAAAGACCUCAAAGACCUCUGAGGGUCCGCAGACCCUAAUUUGAACCCCACUGGUCUCCAUCAUGUCCUGAACGCACAGAACAUAUGAAUACUAAACAAUCCAUCACACAAACCUUCGCCCUCCAACUUCAGAUUUGAGAAACGGCAAACGCACAAAUACAACAAAUAUCAGUCUCAACAGAUGUUUUGGUUUGUUUUUUGUUUUCAUGAACUUCUCAUUUUAGUGUUUUCGUCUGAGUGGCUCCUCCCUCCCCGCUCCGCAUUGCAUUCUGGGACAGCGGCGUGCAGCAGCCAGUCGAGCACGUGUGUUGACAUUCUUGACGUUUGUGCAUUUUCACGCUCCGACAGUGUGAGCGCUCAUCAAACACAACACCUGGUCAGAAGGAGUAUGCACUCUGCUGCUGGGACCUGCUGGUAGUUUAAGGUCCCGUGGGAAAAUUGGGCGCUUACCCUGAACUCUGUAAAAAAAAAUAAAUAAAUAAACAAAGUGAGAAAC